GAGAGAGAGAGAGAGAGAGAGAGAGAGAGAGAGAGAGAGAGAGAGAGAGAGAGAGAGAGAGGGUCCGCGACAGUGUACAAUAUUGCUUCUUUUGUUCGGAUAAUCGUCAUAUUUACUGUUUUCCUAGUGUCGCAGUCAUGGCUCUUUCAGCUACUCACGUCUGCAAUGUCCUGAUCGUGGUUUGUCUGUCUCUCAUACUAAGCAGCUGCCAGAUUGAAGGUGCGUAUGACAGCUGCAUGGUGAAGCGCAUGCUGAAGGCUGGGAUUCCGUCGAGCAGAGCACCGCAGUACGAGCAGCGGGCCCUGCUCGCCAAUAUGUCCCUGGCACAGGUCGCUGGCAUCCCGGUUAAUGUGCUUGCUUACGUGUUGCAGUCUACGCAAGGUGAAGCCAGCGCUAUCCAACAAUGUGUAGAGGGGAGAUCUGGGCCUUGCAGUACCUACUCGCCAUGUCAGAACGGCGGUCUAUGUGAGCUCUCCCAAUCUCAAACAGAGUACAUGUGCAAGUGUCCCAGUGACUUCACGGGCGACAGCUGUCAAUCAGGUCAGCCUGCUUCGCGGGCAGAGCUACAGAGUCUGAAGGGGAACGUGACACAGAUCGGUCAACGGCUCAAUGACCGAACGCAGUUUCUCGGCAGUGGCUGCAACCUGCGGACUCUCGGAUAUAAGUAUCAGACAAGACAUAGCUAUGCAAACACCGAGAAAGACGGGCCGAUCGCAACGAUGACGUUCAGAAAGAAGUAUGCGCACACUGUACUGAAGCUAACCUACUCGACCAACAUCCGUACCCUGACUGCGGGAGGGUUGACGCGCUGGUUCUUCAAGAUUGGCGGUGAGGAGUGCUAUCGACCAACGAAGAUUGAUAUGGUGAUGUAUCAGGCUGGUGCUGCCAACACCUUCAUCCCAGCCGUACUGAAUGGUAUCUGUGAGUCAACCGCCAAUAAUAGAGCAUCUAACAUACCAGCUGGAGACGUCACGAUCACUGUCAAUACUGGACGCUUGCAGGUACACGAAGCUGCAAAUCCAGCCUCGGGUUGGCUGUCCACGGCCACUCUCGAGGUUCAAGAAAUGUGCCCGCAGUUUUGAAAAGAUGGCGAGGACAGUUCCUGACCACGCCGACGCGAUCGCACCGACCACUCGUCUCCGUCAGCAUGAUGAUCCAGGCAACAUACAGUGAAGCCUGUCUAAAGCGACCGCUCAAGGCACCUUCAAAGAGUGGUCUUUGUUACCAGGUGGUCUCUUUACCCAGGGCCAUUUGACUCGAACUAGCAUCCCUUGGUCCUGGUUUCAGUGUUCUUCUAGGACAGGUGGUCGCCUUAUCCGAGUGGUCGCCUUAUCCGAGUGGUCGCAUUGACAGGUUUUACUCUACAUUGUACAUGCCUUGUGGAUGUUUAGUGUAGCUGCUGGACUGCUCGUGAUCGUUGCUCUUGCUGUGAUAUUCUUGCUGUUUACUAUUGCCAUACAUGUAGCUUGUGGUUCUUGGUUUCUUUCUCUUUUUCCUCUUUUUCUUUCUGGAACGCUGAAUAUGGUGGCAUCAGCGAAGUCAUGUUACCAUUCUCCCGAGGUUUCCGCGAUGAUGUGUCUUCCCAUUGUUGCAUGGCAACGGAUUCCUGCCUAUACAUGAACAUGUAGCAGCAUCCCCCCCCCCCCACUCCGUGUGAUAGUCUUUAUUCGCAUACAUGUACACUGCCAGAUAUCCGCGACUCUCACCACUACACAUAUGUACAUGUAUGUGUUUUUAGUCCAUGCAUUUUUUUUGCUGCUCUGGGUGAUCCUAUUGUUUGUUUCGCUUUACGUCCAAGAUUUCACACUUCCGCAGUAUUUUACGCAAUCCCUA